CUGACCGCCAGCGGUAUGAACAGUACGAGACGGGUGAAACUGCAAAUAACCGGAACAGGUUCUUUAUCAUAGAUUCAUGGUGUGCCUCGUGCCGUGACGCGCAACCGCAGAAUUAAACAACCUCGGGUGACCGUCCGUGUAAAAGUGAGUAAAGGAGGUUUAAGGACUGUGUGGCCGGCCCAUAACAAUGUCUACAGACGUAGAGCCUUCUUUCACUGCGAAACUCCUCCACCUCAUCUUUCUCUCCACCUUCUGGGGAAUGCAGAUAUGGGUCACCUUCAUAUCGGGCUUUGUGAUGGACAACCAUCUAAACCGUCACACGUUUGGCUUCAUUCAGAGCCGGCUCUUCCCGUUUUACCUGCAUAUUGGCUCAGCUUGUGCGUUCUUCAACCUCACUAUCUUUGCCAUGUAUCACCCCAGCGAUCUGAUGGAUGACAGAGAGGCCUUCCAGAUCUUCAUUUAUAUCGUCUGCGUGACUGUAGCCGCUGUGAAUGCCCAGUGGUUUGGUCAGAUGACCUCGGAAAUCAUGGCGGACAUGCAUCUGAUUGAGCAGGCCUGUGGGCUGGGUCAGGAUAUCGGACUCUCGUCCAAUCGGGAAGCCUACGCCAAGCUCUGUGAGACGGACCCCAAGUAUAAACGGCUGAGUGGUCGGCUAUGGUUUUACCACCUGCUGUCCUCCCUUUGUAACCUCUGCUGUAUCGUAUGUAACGGAUACAGCCUAUAUUACCUGGCAGAGAACCUCACCACACUCUGAUCGCCUUCCUGCUUGUCCCCUCAGAGUGAAGUUAUGCAAUCUCAAUGCAAGGCAAAACCCUCAAUUUGUGUCUGUGUGACUCCAGCAGUGGAGCUACUCUCAGUCUCAGGUUCUGGAUUACCUCUGACAAAUCUGGUCACCAUUAUCAUUGACUUUUUAAAAUAUGUGUUUUUUUAUUUUUAGGGUAAAUCUACAGUAUAUUGUGUAUAUAGUUUGUAUGUGUGGAAAAUGGCUGUGCACAUUUAAAUAGGAAGCUUUCACAUCUUGCUUGGUCGAUGAAUCAGAACAAGUUUGAACCAAUUGAGAAGUGGAAUUACUAAGAGCUAUACAUAAAGCCAUGAAGGCCUUCUAGAAAUGCUCAUGUAAUGUGUUUUCUUUUAAUAAAGGGAACCUCUUUCUAUCAACAAAACAAUAAAAUUAUAUUAGAUAUAUAAUGUGAUGCUAUGAUGGCUAUAGCAGCAGUGCUUUAACAUGAAUGAAUUAAGAAAGACUACUCAAGAGUUUACGGUGCAGACAGUCUAACAGACGCUAAGGUACAGCAAUGUCAGCUCAGAGAAGUUGCAACCUGUGGGGAACAACUAGUUGACAAUCCUGGCUAUUAAUUUAAGGCAUGAUGGCACUUCUAGUUGCUCUACAGCAGUGGUUCUUAACCUUUUUUUUGAUGAACACCCCCCUACUUCGUUCAAGCAUGGUAAUGUAGAAUUAUGUGCCGAAUUGAAAUGGCUUCCGCUUCUCGCGCCUUCUCACUGAUUCUCGCAAAGCUGCGAGUUUAAGAGCUUGAGCUUUAAGUGCUUUGCGCUCGCGCUGCUCUGUCCAUGAGUCGUAUCCAUAUACAGAGUCAUACAGGUGCAUUAGCUGAGGUUGUGCCUCUGCCUGAGUAUUUGAUGCUGCUAAACCAGCUACUUCAGAUGCGUCGCUAGACUUGAAAAUUAGAUGAACUGAGGUACAGAUGCAUAAAAACACAUAUAAUUGAGAACCAACUGAUAUACUCCAAGUCUAGAUAAACAUAUUAAUGCAAAGAGGAACUUGAUAGAUUUGAAUGCUAUGACUAAUAAACGCCCCACAUUUGUAAUUUAAUG